GAUUCGGGCACAAUAGAAGAACGAGGCACGUCCGCCCGCGCGACGCCCGCACCUACACGCCCGCUUAUAUUGAUACUUCGGUCGAAUCGUCGCCGCGACAUACCGCGACUACUGAGAAGGCGAUUGCGCGUAGCUGCGACUGUUGCCGACACGACUCUCGACGCGCUCUGAACGCGCCGCGGCUCCACCACGCGUCCCACCCAGCGCAACACCUUCACCCUCCACUCUCCAAAUAACCCCACACACGCGAUCGCACACCCAUCAUGCCGCCCAAAUCCCCCGCAGCAAAGUCGCCCGGCCGAAAGAACAAAGCGCGCCCGUCGCGCGGCGGCUCCUCACGCGUAUCGACUGGUUCAAGGCGCGAGAGUGGGAAGAGACUGGGCGCACCGGGUCCCGCGCCGCAGCGCACGAAAAGAUAUAGGCCGGGUACGGUUGCGCUGAGGGAGAUCAGAAAGUAUCAGAGGACGACGGAUUUGUUGCUUUUGAAGCUGCCGUUUCAACGAUUGGUCAGAGAAAUUGCACAAGGCGUGUCUGGCGACGAUGGGCCGAACAGGUGGCAGAGUCAAGCUUUGAUUGCGCUUCAGGAAGCCACAGAAGCAUUUCUAGUCAACCUCUUCCACGAUGCGAACCUGUGCGCGAUCCACGCCAAGCGCGUUACCAUUCAGCAAAAGGAUAUCCAGCUUGCGAGACGACUAAGAGCGGCUUGGGGCGCGCCGGUUUGAGGUGAUGGAAAGAUACCCAUGUUUCAAUUCUAGUUGUCUGAGAGUGUUGGCGAGACAGUUGACGCCCAACUCUGAUCUGGGUUUGAAAGAUUGGAGGUUACUAGGCGGACGAUUGGGACUGGCGUUUGUGGCGUGGCACCAUUGUGCGUGUUGGGUAAGAUUUGGAGUCUCAUUUUGGGACCAUUGUUUACCUAUUGUAGUAUCAUUUCGAGCUCGAUGAGCUUUGCGUUCAAG